AUGCUUGCCAGGUUUGUGAAUUCUUUGCCGACUGGCUUAUCGCAGCGAAUCACCAAGCUGUACUUUCAAGUCCUUGUAAGGAACCAGCGAGAGUUACACAGCAGCGUUGAAUAUCACCAAUAUUCCAACAUGGAUGUUAAAAUAUUACCUGCUCUGAAGGACAACUACAUGUACCUUCUUGUGGAUAAGGCAACCAAUGAGGCCGCAGUUGUUGAUCCAGUGGAGACCAAGACAGUCUUACAGGCUGUUCAUGAUCAUCAACUUAAACUCACUACAGUCUUAACGACACACCAUCACUGGGAUCAUGCUGGAGGCAAUGAAGAACUAGCUAACCAAGUUCCAGGGAUCGAAGUUUAUGGUGGUGAUGACCGUAUUGGUGCGCUGACUAAAAAAGUGGAGCACAAUACAAUCUUUAACAUAGGGAAUUUGAUGGUUCAAUGUCUGUUUACUCCCUGCCACACAAUGGGCCAUAUCUGCUACUAUGUGACUACUCCUGGAGAAGGAUCAGAAGGUGUUGUGUUUACAGGAGACACGUUGUUCCUGGCUGGUUGUGGACGUUUCUUCGAAGGCAAUGCUGAACAGAUGUACAAUGCCUUCUCAAUCCUUGGCAGCCUCCCAGAUAAUACCAAGGUUUAUUGUGGUCAUGAGUAUACUUUGCAAAAUCUGAAAUUUGCCUUACAUGUUGAACCAAGCAACAACGAAAUAUUAAAGAAGAUUGCAUGGUCAGAACUGAGGCGUGAGGAGGGAAAACCUACGGUGCCAUCAACAAUUGGUGAGGAGAAGUCAUACAAUCCCUUUAUGAGAGUGUAUGAGGCAGAGGUAAUGCAACAUGCCAAUGCACAGAAUGCUAUUCAGGCCAUGAAGAACAUCCGUUUGGAGAAAGAUUCAUUCCAAUAA